CUAGGAGGGCUGUAUUUGCAUAGGUAACGCCCACAUGUGGUGCUGAGCCUCCAUGAUUGAAAGAACUGAAAUCCAAUGAAUGAAAAAAGGGCGGGGCAGGCUGGGGAGGAAAGAGCUAGAAGAUGCUGGACGUCCUCCAGCCAGAAAAUGAGGCGCUCUCUCUGACUUCUAAUGCACAGAAGCAGCACCUGCGAUGUUUUACAUCUGGGAUGUC